UUCUCAAAAUCAGUCUCAAACAAACCAUGAACCUGUUUGCUCCACGAGCCCACCUCCAUAGCUAAACCUCGAGUUCGACUUUACAGAGAGAGCUCUGCCAUGCCAAUACUGGUACAGAUUCACAUCAAAUUCUCAGACCUCAAGCCUGCCCAAAAUUAUCAUGACGUUUAUAAGAAGAAACCUAGUUUAUUCAAUUUGAAAUCCUCACUGCCCUUCAAUAAUCACUCACGCCCCAACCCUAAAGCAAAGAUUCGAUGUUGUCGCCACGACAAAUUUAAGAUUGAUUCUCCGCGGCAGAGAUUGGGAUUCUUGGGAGUAGCGGGCAGGGGCAAGGUUGGGAUUUUGGCAAGAAAUCGGAGGAGAUCCCUCGUCGUGAAAUUCAACAACAGCUUUAAUGGCGGCGGCGGCGGAGGCAAUGGGAAAAUCAACAGUGAAACUGCAAGGGUGUUGGGCAAUCUCGCUUUGGCAAUUUUGCUGACCUACCUUUCGAUGACCGGGCAGUUGGGCUGGCUUCUUGACGCCAUUGUUUCCCUUUGGCUCUUUGCAGUAAUUGUGCCCAUUGUGGGUAUAGGAGCUUUUGUCUGGUGGGCGGGACGAGAUAUCGUCCAAGGCAGUUGUCCGAACUGUGGGAAUGAAUUUCAAGUGUUCAAAUCGACGUUGAAUGACGAUCUGCAGCUGUGCCCGUUCUGUAGCCAGCCGUUCUCAGUGGAGGGUAAUGAAUUCGUUAGAGAUCCCGUGAAGUUCUCCAACCAGUCCAGUCCCUUUGGACAAGCGUUCGACGAGGUCUCUGCUCGGACAAAGAAACGAAAGGAGUCGUCUGUUUCAGUCGUUGAUGUCGAAGCAGAGAUAAGAGAUGCGGAUUGAUGGUAAUAUUGCCGCGCUGUUUUUUUCUUUUUUGUUCAGGUUGUCUGGAUCAGACAAGAAGUGAAGUGUGUAUAUAUGAAAUAUAGAAGUAGACGAUGCAAUAGCAUUGUUGGUUUGCUCAUUCAAAUCGAUCGUAUGUCGAGAAAUUGUAUUGUUUAGAUUUCAUAUAUAGUUGUGAUGUGAGAUUCAUUCCUCGAAUAGGUAGCUAAGGUUGAAGAUUUUUGUGUUGUGGAUCUGUUUAUUUGUGGUUAAUUGCAGAAAAUCACCGGUGCCUCUUUAUAGGCCGCCA